CGCACUUGACUGGCACAGUUUCUUUAUUUUGUGCAAAGAAAAAAAAAAAGAACUAUUUCAAUUGCCGCUAGAGCCCAGCAAACGGAAAUUGAUUGUGAACUCGGGGAAAGUGCAAACGGCUGUCCAAUCAGGUGCGAUGCGAACAGCAGCUGCCAGCAACUAAUUAAACAUUGAUUUGCAAUUGGAGUUGUUGUCAUACCCCUGCCCCCCCCUGCGCUCCUACGUGGCGUUUGCGAAACCAAUUCCGAAUCUGAGUCUGAAUCUGAAUCAGCAGCAGCAACAGCCGAAUCUUCAUCGAGGUCGUCGUCGUAGACAGGCGAGUGCUAAUAAAUUUCUAUCAUACAUCAAUUACACAAGUUGGGCACAAAAACGGCUCCACUCAAUUGCUAGCAUGUCGGAAGCGGAGAAGGGCGGCGGCGGAGGAGGUGGCGGUGGUGGUGGCGAUCCCGAGAUGAAGGGCUGGCUACUGAAGUGGACGAACUACAUCAAGGGCUAUCAGCGUCGCUGGUUUGUCCUGUCCAAGGGAGUGCUCAGCUACUAUCGCAAUCAGACGGAAAUAAAUCACACGUGCAGGGGCACAAUAUCGUUGCAUGGGGCACUCAUUCACACGGUGGACUCGUGCACCUUUGUCAUCUCGAAUGGAGGCACCCAGACGUUUCACAUCAAAGCCUCCAAUGAGGUGGAACGCCAGUCGUGGGUCACAGCGCUGGAGCUGGCCAAAGUGCGGGCGAUUCGAGCGAUCGAGAGCGAGGAGGAGGAGGCGGAGGAGACGGCGCAGGUGGUGCCCAGUCAGGAGAUCAGUACGGUGGUGCGGGAUUUGACCGAGCGACUGGAGAAUAUGCGCACCUGCUAUGAUUUAAUCACCAAACACGGCGCUGCACUGCAGCGUGCUCUAAACGAUCUGGAGUCCAAUGAGGAGGAGCCGCUCGCCAGUCGCACAAAGAUUGUAAAUGAGCGUGCGACGCUCUUUCGAAUCACCUCGAACGCCAUGAUCAAUGCGGGCAAUGAUUAUCUGCGCUCUGCGGAAUCACAAGGGCACAAGUGGUCCAAGAUGUUGCAUCACGAACGCGAGCAGCGCCAACGGCUCGAGGAGAUCAUCGAACAGAUGGCCAAACAGCAAUCCCAAAUGGAACAGGCUGCGGUAAUGGUGCGUCGCAAUAAGCCAACUCCGGGCACAGCCAUGUCCAUUAAUUCCGUUCCACCAGGCACGAAUUUAACCUCGGAUGAUGAGACGGAAUUCUUUGAUGCCGAGGAAUUCGGCUAUACGGGCCGAGCCGGUGAAUCACCCACGGAUGGCACAUUUAUCUUGAAGCUAAACAAACGUCGCAGCAGCUCCGAGGAUCACGUGGGCAGCUCCUCCGAAAGCGAUGAGCAAAAGCGAACCAUAAAAACGGUGCAACAAGUGUGCUUCGUAAGCGAGCAGCGUGUCGUCUCCGGUGAGGAUGAUGAUGACGACAAACCAAAAGACAAAUACAAAGACGUUGUGGAUCGUGCCUCGACUUCAGAGUACGCAGAUCUGUCCAGCGACAGCAGCGCCAUGAACGCCGCCCAGAAAAGCGCCAAAAGCAGCGGUCGAAACAGCGCCAAGAGCAGCGUUAGGAGCAGCAAGCACAGUCUGCCGGUCGGUAAUCAAGUGAGGACUCGUCGCACCCGUGUCCCAGAUAAGCCUAAUCAUCCGCUUAGCCUGUGGUCCAUCAUGAAGAACUGCAUUGGUAAGGAUCUGUCCAAAAUACCCAUGCCCGUCAACUUUAACGAGCCGCUCUCCAUGCUCCAACGUCUCGUCGAGGAUUAUGAGUAUGCCGACAUACUGGACAUUGCUGCCUCGUGCAACGAUGAGUGCGAGCAGUUGGCCUAUCUGGCUGCCUUUACGGUUUCCGCGUAUGCGACGACAUCGAAUCGCACUGGCAAACCAUUUAAUCCCUUGCUGGGCGAGACCUUCGAGUGUGAUCGCACAGAUGACCUCGGCUGGCGUUGCCUCGCCGAGCAAGUCUCCCAUCAUCCGCCCGUUGCGGCACUGCACUGUGAAGGCAAAGAGUGGCUGUGCUGGCAGGAGUUCUCCAUGACAAGCAAGUUCCGUGGCAAAUACUUGCAGGUUAAUCCGCUUGGCGGCGCCUACGUUUUGUUUCCCAAGACUGGACAUCGCUAUUCGUGGCGCAAGGUGACAACCACAGUGAACAACAUAAUUGUGGGCAAGCUCUGGGUGGAUCAACAUGGACAAACGGAGAUUGUGGGCAGCAAUACGGCGAAUGGUAACAAGUGCAUCUUGAACUAUAUACCCUACUCUUACUUCAGUCGCGAGGUGCAGAGGAGUGUGAAGGGCGUCGUCUACAAUCGCGACGGCGAGGCCAAAUGGGUGGUGCGUGGCACCUGGGACGAUAAAAUCGAGAUAGCGCCCGUGAUGCGCUCCGGUCACACGGCUGAUGGACCAACGUACACAACUGGCGAAUUUCGUAUCGCAUGGAAACGUCGACCGGUUCCGCCGGAUGCAGAUAAGUUUUAUAACUUCACCACACUUGCCUGUCAGCUGAACGAGCCGGAGGAGGGCGUGGCGCCCACUGAUUCGCGUCUGCGACCCGAUCAGCGACUGAUGGAGGAGGGCGCCUGGGACGAGAGCAAUGUGGAGAAGCUGCGCCUCGAAGAGAAGCAGCGAACGAAGCGAAGAGCGAAGGAUGCAGAGGCCGAACAGGCGGCUGCCGCAGGAAGACCCUAUCCAGCAUAUGAACCCAUGUGGUUCGAGCGAAAGAAGGAGCAGGAUAGCGAGGACUUUGUGCACGUCUUCAAGAAUACGUAUUGGGAGGCCAAGACGGCACAGGACUGGAGCGGCUGUCCUGUCAUCUACUAGAGAUAGAUAGAAAGAAAGAGAGAGAGAGAGAGAUCUAUGCACUAUAUGAUAACGAUAAACGAUAAACGAUUUCAAUAUGCAACAUGCCUCGAAAUCCCACUCUCACCCCCGAAGUCAAGCAUAAAUAUAACUCUAACUGAACUAUGAACUAAUCGACCUAAUAGCAUUCUUCAACUACUUAAUGCGUAUAUAUAUCUAUAUAUCUUUAUAUAUAUAUAUAUAUAUAUAUAUAUAGGUAUAUACAGAACUAAAUACUGUAACUUAGCUGCAAAUGUUAGAGCUGAAAAUGUUUUUUAUGGCGAGUUCAAUCUGAAGUUUGAUUAACAAAUGAUUUUUAUUUUUCUUUCGGUUGUUAAUUUAAUCUUUGCUUUUAUCAAAUAGUUAUGGCACAUAGACCUUACCAUCCAGCAACACAAUGCAUACAUAUAUAUAUACACGGAUAUAUAUUAAUACACACAUCUAUCUAAUCUAUAAAAAUAUGUUGACAUGUGCAAGUGAGAAGCGAUCCAAGUUUUCACUCUAAACAAACGAAACAAGAAGAAGACACACAAAACGAGUUUUCCUUUUUUGUGUAUAUAUUAAAACAAAACAAAACAAAAAGAAAUAAGAAUCUAUGCAACGCAACGAGAAUAUGUUAAAUGUUAUAAAUUUAUGCAAUUUAUUAUUAAAGUAUUAUUUUAAAUAAAGCAACAAAAUUGUGUGGUUACCAAUUGCACUGGAAUCAUUUAA